AUGCAUGGAGCCAUAACCAAAGAGAGUAUUUCAACACGCCUCGCUGAUGAAAAAUCUGGUGGUGGCGGAGGAUUCUUGAAGUACCACGGAAAGAAAGGCCAAAUGGGGUUAGGAGGUGGAGGUGCAUACAUUGGCCAUGGUGGAGGUGGUGGCAAUGGAAAUGGCGGCCAUGGGGGGACUGGAAAUGGUGGUGGCAGCGGUGGCCCUGGCGGUAGUGGUGGUCCUGGUGGCAAUGGUGGUGGCUGUGGUGGCCCUGGCGGUAAUGGUGGUGGUGGUGGUGGUGGGCAGUUAACGGGUAUAGGUGGAGGUAGACAAGGGUUGGCGCAUUCAAUUGUUUUGCUUCGGUCAGAAAUUUCAGGUUCUGAAAAGGUUGAGGCAGGAAAAUUCAGUAAGAAAAUGACCAAGACUGAGGCAAAGAUUUCUUGA